AAAAGAAAGAAAAGCCGUAUUAAAUAUUCCCAGCUCUGUUACUUAAAACUACUACUGAAAACCAGACCAUUGUAUUUGUAUUGUCUGAAAAUAAAUCAAAUCCAAAGCGAGGGAAAACUCGCAAUGAAGAAGAUGAAAACCAGUGGAGUAGGAGCAAAUGUGACUCACCUUCAAUCCGAGUCUGACUCGCUUACUCCCGAUAAAAACGACGAGUUUAAGGAUUUUCCUCCUAUUCCUACUGCCGAUACGAUGCGUUUUAUUGGCAAAGAAGAAGAUGGUGAUGUUAGAGAAGUAAUUGACUACGAAGAAGAAGAUGAAUAUGAAGAUAAUGAAGAAGAAGAAGAAGAAGAAGAUGAAGAUGAAGAUGAAGAUGAUGAAGAAGAUGAAGAAGAUGAUGAUGAAGAAGUUGAAGAAGAAGUUGAAGAAGAAGAAAUCGAACCAGAGGAGAAAGGAAAUGAUGUUUUUGAAGAUGUUAAGACUCCGGCGGAAAGAAAGAAGCUUGCUGAUGGAUUUUUUGAAGUUGAAUCUAUUCGUAAAAAGAGGAUUUGUAAGGGCGAGCGUCAAUAUUUGAUUAAAUGGCGUGGUUGGCCAGAGAGUGCAAACACUUGGGAGCCCGUUGAUCAUCUUCAAACAUGUCCUGAUGUAGUGGAGGCUUUUGAAGAGAGCUUGCAGUGUGCGAAAAAAAAAAGUUCUAGGAAGCGAAAACGCAAAUUUACCCAACCAAAGAAGAAAAUGCAAUAUUCUUAUGGUGUCUCAAAGAGUGAGUUAACACUUAUUAAGUUGUCACGCAAUGAACAUCAAUGCUUUGCUGCUUUAGAAACUCUAGCUCAUUCUAGGUUAAUUGACGUUAUUGUAGAGCAUGAAAAGAUAAUCAAGAGACGAAGAACAUCUAAAAACAUUGAUGGAAAGGUCUCUGAGACUAUAUCUCCACAUGCUGCCGGCAAAGAGAAAGAGAGUAGUGAUCAGUUCUUUGGUCAAAAUACAAGUGAGAAGAAUUUGGACAUACAUUUUCAGCAGCCCAUGACUACAGAAGCAGAUGGCCCUGCGAAUUGCCAAUCCGAUGCAAACUGUAUGGAUGCAGGUCCAAUCAAUCGUCGAGGUGCAAAGCGAAGGAAAUCUGGUUGUGUUCGAAGGUUCACACAGGAUGUGACAUCAGUUGACUUUGAUUACUUUGCUAACACAGCACCCUUGAAUAUUAGCUCUUGUGAUAGAGUUGAAGACCUUAUGUUAGUGAGCCCUGAUGCUUACCGGAAGAAAUUUGACAGCUCAAGGAGUUCCUCUGUUAUAACCAGGCUCAUCAAACCUAUAAGUUAUUCUGCAUCAGUGACAAAUAAUGUCCAGGAUGUUUCCGUAACCUUUGUGGCAAUGAGGUCUGAUGGAAAGGAGGUUAUGGUGGAUAACAAGUUUCUCAAGGCAAACAACCCUCAAUUGUUGAUCAAUUUCUACGAACAACAUCUGCGAUAUAAUCCUAAUUAAGGCAACAUACAAUGUCACAUUCUUCAUCAUAUUUUGUUAUCUUCUACCUCUUAAAAUUCCAAUAGUGGAUUGGAGAUCGAAGGGUCCUUUUGUAAUUGAACGAUAUGUAGAUGAUUUUGUGCCAUAUGUAGGACGAUCUCGUGUAUUAUUAUCUAUAAAGUACUACUUCAUUAGGGCAUAGUAUAGGCUGAGAGAUUUAUUAAUGCUGACAUAACCAUUGCCAUCCACACACAUUAUGGAAUACAUUUUUGAAUGCUUAAUUGGUGGGUUAAUUUGUUUGGUGAUUGGAAAUGGUAGAGCAUUCUUGUGCAUUUUGUAGUACUAUGUGCUGAACAAUGAACAUCACACCAGAGCUCUUUAUGGAUCACUCAUCUAGAGUAUGUUAACAUUACAGCUUUUGGAAGAAUGCCCUUUCCCCUAUUAGGGUUUGAGACUUAUCUUCGAUACACUUGAGCUAGUAGUUGACUAUGGACGCACUGACGCCCAUUGCACCACCAAUUUUGUUUUCGCCCAUUGAUAGCUGGUAGCUGAUUAUAAUGGUUGAUUUGAUCAGCUGGUUUUAUUAAUUGGUUGGACCAGUUAAUUUUGAACCCGCUAUUAUAAAUAGCUUGUUCAAAAAUUGCUUAUUCAUGAUAAUAAACUGUUUCAAUCAACUAAUUUAUCAAACAUUAACGUUGCAUGGUUUGACUAUCAAAUUUUCUAUUUGUAUCUAAGCUAAAAUUGCCCAAUAAACUAUUUUGUCACAUAGCCUUAUUUUAUUUUCACUAUCAAAUCUGAGACUAGAUUUAGCUAUCAUGAUUGUCAACGGAAAAACUCCAUUAACAAGAUUAUCAAUGAAACUAGUCUAUGUAAAUCUCUUUUUUAAAAUAAUUAUUCAAAAAUGUGGACUUCGGAAUCAAUUGAUAAAUUCUUCCUUUUAUUUUGAGCAACACAAAUUCUAAUGUCUUUUGUCUAUUAUUUUAAUGGGGUUAAAGAUUAAUAGUUAUUGUUUAUUCUCAGAUUAUAUGGAAUAAGAAAAAUAAGUUAUCAAAUUAUGUGUAAUUUUGUGAAGUUGCACAUGACAUUGCUACCAAUAAUCAGUUAGAAAUAAUAUUUUUAUUAGUUUUAUUAUUAAUAAAGAUAAUAUACCGACAUU